AUGACGAUAGAAGACUGGCUUGCCCAGGGCAAGACAAAGCGCCAAUCCAUCUACAACGCAAUCCCAAAGAAAUGGAGACUGAAAGACCCCGUCCCCUCCGCAGCGGAUUUGCGCGAUGUCACCGGCCCCUAUAUCCAGCAGUUUCUUAGUGCGCGUGAGAUUGAAAUCACCGAGUCCGAUGCAUUUGAGAUCACCUCGCAGACUACCACGGGCUGCUGGUCUGCCGUCGAAGUCACUGAGGCUUUUUGUCAUCGCGCUGCGUUGGCUCACCAACUGGUCAGCUGUCUGCACGAGAUAUUCUUCGACGCUGCUAUAGAAAGCGCGAGGAAACUCGAUGCCUACUUUGCAAAGCACCAGUCCCCCGUGGGACCUUUACACGGUCUCCCCGUCAGUCUGAAGGACCAAUUUCAUGUCAAGGGUGUCGAAACCACCAUGGGCUACGUGGGCUGGAUCGGCACCUUCGAGGGUAAGCGAGAUGAUCCCCGCCGCGGGACAGUGGAAAGCGAGCUGGUGCGGGAAUUGCGCAAUCUCGGAGCUGUGCUAUACUGCAAGACUAGUGUGCCUGCAACCCUGAUGACAGGCGAAACCGUCAACCACAUCAUCGGCUACACCACGAACCCGAAGAAUCGGCUGCUCUCCUGCGGUGGGAGCUCCGGCGGCGAGGGCGCGCUGAUUGCCCUUCGUGGAUCGCCCGCUGGCUUUGGAACCGAUAUUGGAGGCAGUGUGCGCAUUCCCGCUGGGUUCAAUGGGCUGUAUGGUAUCCGGCCUUCUGCGGGGAGGAUUCCUUACCAGGGAGCAGCGAACUCGUUCGAUGGUCAGAAUACGAUAUUGUCGGUCAUCGGCCCGCUGGCAACUACUGCGCGGUCUUUGACUUUGUUGUUCAAGUCUGUCCUUAGCCAGGAGCCUUGGUAUCAGGAUCCUCUUGUCUUGGAGCUGCCAUGGCGGGAUGCUAUUGUUGAGGAAACGCGUAACUUGAUCCAGCAGGCUCAAGCUGGGUCGCCCACGCUCGCCUUUGCUAUGAUGCAUUGGAAUGGUAUAGACCGGAUUCAUCCGCCCGUUGCACGAGGGUUGCGCAUUGUCGAACAGACAUUAAAACGUCUAGGGCACAAGGUGAUUUCCUGGGAUCCGCCGUCCCAUGCCGUGCUCCACGAACUGGCUAGCAAGACGUUCAACAUGGAUGGCGGCGCAGAUAUGCGCCAUCAGUUCGGUCUCUCUGGCGAACCCAAGCCGCCGCAGGUCAUCGUGGAGGAAAAUGGUACCGAACUCACUACGUCUGCGAUUGCCGCACUCAACGUUGCCAAACGCGAGUAUCAGAAACGCUACAUGGACUACUGGAACAGUACCGCGGAGCUAACGGGGACCGGACGCCCGGUGGACGGCGUCGUUAGCCCUCUAGCACCUCAUGCGGCGGUGAUUCCGCACCACUACCAUAGUGUAGGAUACUCGAGCUUCGUGAAUGUUCUCGACUAUACUAGUGUGGUGAUACCAGUCACCUCGGCCGACCAGGCGGUAGAUACGCGACCGCCAGAGACUUCUCUAGGGCCGCAUAUCGAGUGGGACUACGAUGCCGAUACGUACCAUGGAGCUCCCGUGGCGGUGCAGUUGCUGGGUAGGCGAUUGCAGGAGGAGAAGAUGUUGACGCUGGCCGAGUAUUUGGGGAGUGAAAUAUGUCGUAGAUAG